GCAAAAUUUUUUAUCUUUCAUCUUCUCUGAUUUCUUUUUAUUUCUCUAAUAUUCUUCAUGGCCCCUCCUGCUGUUGAUUCGAUUCCCUCUGUUUCCACCGUCGGAUCCACGGCAGCUACGGCAGCUAUUGCAUCUUCACCAGUUGAUAUUCUCAGUGAUUAUGCUCACCGUAGUAGCCAAAGUUUCAGUGUAUUGCUGAACCGCUAUUUCCAAGCACUUGAUAUGCUAGCUGCCUACAAGCAACGAGAAGCAACUUUGCUAGCUCUUAUGGAGCAGCAACAAGAUUCCAACGCUCUCGAUGAGGAGACUUAUCUGCCAUUGAAGGAUAGCAUCAAGAUCAUGCGUCUUCAUAUUGAUCAAGCCAAGAAGUUGGAAGCAAAGACAUUCCUUAAAUGUUUUGAAGCCGUUAAGACUGAACCAGGUUGGAGUCAAGAGAAGAAGGUCUCUGUAUUGCAAGCUAUGCUGGCUCUUGGAGAAUAAGCGUAAUUCCUCUCUUUGGUUAUAAAAAGAAAUUGUCUCACCGGGCCUAGCAGCUAUACGGAGAACGCCGCACCCCCCUCCUCAGCCCAACCUCACUCACCUACACAUACACAUGCACUCAAAAGCUUCAAUUUUGAUUUUAUCUUUUCCCUCUUAUCGAGAUAUCCUUCAUCAGUGAUUUCUUCUCUAAUUCUUAGAUAGUGUAAUAUCCGCAUCCUGUGCCUUUUCGUAUUGAAUUUUUUAAAGUAGUGUAGUUUACAUUUUUUUCCCACUAUUGCAUAGAUCGUUUGAAACCAAUUGAUCUCUCCCCCAAUCGAAAAUAAAGAAGAAAACAAAAAAUUCACUGGUCUUGC